AUGGCUUGUUCAAAACGAUUUGAUGUAAAGAAAUAUGUUCCUGGAUCUGAUGCUGAUGCAGAAGAUAUAUUUACUUUUCCAUAUAUUGUUGACGAAAACACGAUAAAUUAUAUCAAAAGUCAUGGAAGAAUCAUGUUCAUUAUUAGAGGAAUGCCUGGAACAGGCAAGAGAUCACUCAGCAAAUUAAUUGCCAAUGCAUAUCCAGGAUCUGAUAUUUUGAGUGCCGACAACUAUUUUAAUGCAACGUUUACAUCUCAAAUGAGGUCUAAAGAUAGCAAAAGAGAGUCUCAUUUAUAUUGCCACAAGAAUGUUCUUAAAGCCUGUAAAAAAAAUGUGCAUCCCAUCAUAGUAUGUAAUUCUCAUGUGAAAAAAGUAGAAAUGGAUGAAUAUUUGAAAAUUGCAUCUAAAUUUAACUAUACCAUAAUAAUGGCGGAUACUUCUCACAAGUUUAUUAUAACCCCAGAGAUUUUAGCUAAAAGUAAUGCACAAGGCCUUGAUGUUUGUUAUUUCAAAAAUAGAAUGAAGCAGUGGGAAGUGAUUUUCCCAUUUUGUACUGGCUGGUUCAUCAGCCCUCAUGACUCCCAUCAUAUCAUUAAUGAGCUAUUGAACCUUCUAGAAGUGCUCCAAGUUAAUCAAACAUUUUUCAGCUAUUUAAACUUAAAUGAAAAAGGUGACUUGAAUAGUAUUUAUUUGGGCAAGGAACUACUCUUUUGUGUUGCUGGCUGUGGAACUAAUAAUUUUAAUCCUGAAAUGAAGAGAUAUUAUUCAUCAAGAGAAGUCAAAGGGUAUAAUGGCCAAUGCUUUGAAAUUCAGAUAUUUGCUUUUGUUUUUACUCAGUCAGAUAUUUUAGCUCUUGUGCACAUAGAUGAAGACGUGAAAAAGCUCAUUUUUAGACAGAGCAGCAAAACAGAUGUACCUGAUGAACCACGUCCGGAAAAGUCUGAUGCGGACCAAAUCAGUUCUAGUUUACGUAAAAUGAAUGUUGAUGCAAAUGCAAACUUGAAAGAGUAUAGUAAAACUGUCCCCCACUUCAGCAGCUUUCAAGCUCUUCUAAACCUUGCUUUAAGGAAAUCAGAUAUUUUAGCUCUUGUGCACAUAGAUGAAGACGUGAAAAAGCUCAUUUUUAGACAGAGCAGCAAAACAGAUGUACCUGAUGAACCACGUCCGGAAAAGUCUGAUGCGGACCAAAUCAGUUCUAGUUUACGUAAAAUGAAUGUUGAUGCAAAUGCAAACUUGAAAGAGUAUAGUAAAACUGUCCCACUUCAGCAGCUUUCAAGCUCUUCUAAACCUUGCUUUAAGGAAAGUAUUGAUGUUAAAAAUAUUUCAAUAUUUGUUUAG